CAAAUCCACCCGACCCGCUGUGUUGCCCAUCCCUAGGUAGUAGCAACCGCACCCAGCGUACAAAGCCCAUUCCGGGGUGCAGACCGCUCUUUCCAAGUUCCGCCGCCGUAGUCUGACGGUGGUUUUUCACAGAGCCACCCUACGAUGCUGAAAUGCAAGAAUUUGUUGUUGAAGCCAUCAAAGAGAAAGAGAAAGAGAAAGAACAUAAACAUAACCCUUUUUCCCAGAAAACACAACAUUGUUUCAGAAAAACAAGACCCUCCAAACCCACUAGAAGAUGAAGAUGUUGAAGAAUGUUUCAGUUUGAAAACAUCAGCUCCGUCACAUUCUCAUGGAGUCCAACCACUGGGUAAUCUUUACUUCAACCCAUCUUCCCAUAAUUCAAGAAACACAGGCCUUGGUAACCUCCAAACCCUAACUGAUGAACUUGUUCUUGAAAUUCUAGGGUUCUUGAGUGCCACCCAUUUGGGUGUUUUAUCAACUGUUAGUAAAUCUUUUUAUGUUUUCUCUAACCAUGAACCCAUUUGGAGGAACCUUGUUUUGGAAAAUUCUGAAGAUGGGUUUUUGUAUAAUGGGUCUUGGAAAUCUACUUAUGUUGCUGCAUAUAUGCCUUCAUUUCCUGUUUCGAGUAUCGGGUCUUCGGGUUUGAAGGUUAGAGACUUCUAUUCUGAUUAUUUGUUUCAGAGUUGGCUCUGUGCUAAUCUAGAAAUGAAACCUGAAUGGCUUGAAAGGGAUAAUAUACAAAGGAGGAGAGGGAUUUCGGUUGAUGAUUUUAUAUUGAAUUUUGAGGAACCGAAUAAGCCAGUGUUGCUGGAAGGCUGUGUAGAUAAUUGGGUUGCAUUGGAAAAAUGGGAUAGGGAAUACUUGGUUGAGAUGUGUGGUGAUCUUAGAUUUUCAGUAGGGCCAGUGGAGAUGAAGCUUGAAGACUAUUUUAGGUACUCGGAUCAGGCUAGGGAAGAAAGGCCCUUGUAUCUUUUUGACCCAAAAUUUGCAGAGAAAGUUCCAAGAUUGGGUUUGGAUUAUGAAGUUCCAGCGUACUUUAAUGAGGACUUGUUUGGUGUUUUGGGCAAUGAGAGACCAGAUUAUAGAUGGAUUAUAAUUGGACCAGCUGGGUCCGGUUCAUCAUUCCACAUUGAUCCUAAUUCUACAUCUGCUUGGAAUGCAGUGAUCAAGGGGUCCAAGAAAUGGGUAUUGUUCCCCCCUGAUUUGGUGCCACCAGGGGUGCAUCCAAGCCCGGAUGGCGCAGAGGUGGCCUGUCCUGUUUCGAUAAUUGAGUGGUUCAUGAACUUCUACGCUGCUACAAAGGAAUGGAAAAAGAAGCCCAUUGAGUGUGUUUGUAAGGCUGGGGAAGUGAUCUUUGUACCCAAUGGAUGGUGGCAUCUCGUGAUCAAUUUAGAAGAUUCCAUUGCAAUUACUCAGAAUUUUGUUAGCAGGUAGGGUAAAGUGUCACUCCUUCCGCAUUGUCUAGUAGAUUGCUAUGGAACUUGAUUUGCUCAGAGUUUUUUAUUUUUUGGUGUUGGGUGAUGUCGUUUUCAAUGGGAGAGCUUCUCGCUAGUUGGAGUUCUUGUUGCCCAAAGAAGUCAGAGAAGACUUGGCAGACUGCAAUUUUGUGUGUUUGUGUACAGAUUGGAAGGAAUAGGACUUUUGAUGAUGUUGAAUAACCUGUAUGUAAUUUGAAAGGACCUUUACUAUCAGUUUCUUUCCUGGUUGAGAGAGGUCUAUCAUUUAUAUGUUUUGUCUUGGGUAUAGUUUUUAAGUGAUUUAUUGAUGCCUGUGGAGGUAUGGCAUAUGGGCCUUGCUCUUUUGAGUGUACAGGGUUUACAUUAUUAAGCCUAUUUUUGCUAAUAUACUUUUGAUAAAAGAAAAGGAGAGUAUUGUAUUAAUUUUGGGCCUUUUUCACCAUCUCUUUUUGUAUUACUUUUCCACUCUUCUUUACUUCCAAUAAAUCAUGGUUCGUUUUGGCGAAAGUAAGGAAUUUAAACCAUUUGAUCAGAAUUUAUGAUCGCAAGGAGUGUGAACUGUGAUGGGAAUGGAUAAAUUGCGACAAACACUUUUUAGAGGAAGAAAAAUAGGAAGCAAGAUGGAGAAGGGGUUAAAGAUACUACUAAUCCACCACAGUACUACUUGCUGUGUCCAUGGAUGAACAACAAUGAUUU